AUGUCCUGCUACAACCAGUGCCUGCCCUGCCAGCCCUGCGGCCCGACCCCGCUGGCCAACAGCUGCAAUGAGCCCUGCGUCAGGCAGUGCCAGAACUCCACCGUCGUCAUCGAGCCCUCCCCCAUGGUGGUGACCCUGCCCGGCCCCAUCCUCAGCUUCUUCCCGCAGAACACCGUUGUGGGCUCCUCCACCUCCACUGCUGUUGGCAGCAUCCUCAGCUGUCAGGGAGUGCCCAUCAACUCCGGGUGCUGUGACCUCUCCUGAAUUACCAGCCACUACUGCAGCAGGAGGUGCCCCCCAUGCUAAAGCCACUGGUGACUUCCCACAGAAGGACCCCCCAGGAAGCUAGAAGAUUUUGCUGGUCUGAGGACAGAGCAUUAGGUCAUCACUUUCAGAGAUGCUGAGCAUCCAUGGCUCCACCUGCAAAGGAAGGCAGGAAGCGGCGCGCCUGGGCUCUCUGAAAACAUGGCCCAUGUAUAACUUGCCUGCUUCUCACUCUUUUGUCUCUCUCUUUUCUCUGUUGUCUUCUGCUCUCCAGGGUUGUGGGUUUUUCCAAAGCCAGCCCCGAAGGGAUCUGCUGCCCCCGUCCCUUUGUGGUGUAGGCAGUUGGACACCUUUUGGUAACUCCACCCUGGCCUCAGGGCACAGGCUCUUGGAUGAUCUGGUGCUCCCUGCAUCAGAACCUCCACUUGUUUACCUCAUUUCCCUCUUUUAAAUCAUUAAAAUUCUGCUGCA